AUGGCACAAAAGAUGUUUUAUAGUGAUUAUCACACAUUUUCUGAGUGGUCCGCGAAUGCGCCUGCUACAGACAAUAAUGGAGGUUUCUUCGAAAAGAUUUCGAAAUUACACUCGAAAUCGUAUCAAAAACUGUCCAGAUUGAUCCACGUUAAGGAUAUAUUGAGUAAUAUCAUUAGAGUUGUGCAAUUAACUAUAAUUUUGUCUAAACUGGAGUUAGAAGACAAGUUUUUCACUAUCCUGAUUGAAAUAUCUACAAUAUAUUUUGGCCUGUCGGUAUUACAAAUAAUUAUGUUAUAUAUAAAUUGUGUUUGUAUAUUAAAAGCAUGUUUUAAGAGAAUCGAUGACAAUCUGGUUCAUAUGCAAAAGAUUGUAAUAAAUGAUAUGAAGCCACGUGUCUCCAAUGUAAUAUGCCACACGCAGAGAAAUCAAUUUUUGCUAAUAGAACUUAGAAUUUUGAAAAAGCAACAUCUAAUGAUUUGCAACGCGGUACAAAUGCUGAAUAUAAUCUUCAAUCUGCAACUCCUUGCUGCUUUAGUCAUGUCUUUUUUAAUUGUCACCUUCGAAUUGUAUUCCUACACAAUACGUUGGCAAAAUGGAAUACUUAUCGGAUUGGAUUGGCACUUUUUUGAUGUGCUUGUAACAUCUCUGACAUAUAAUAUUUUUCAAAUAGUAUUAAUUGUGUGGGCCUGCGAGACGGGUAAGAAUCAAGCCCAAAAUAUCGGUACUACCAUUCACGAUUUACUUAAUAGUACCAAUGAUAAGAAAAUCAAAUAUGAGUUGCAACUAUUUUCUUUACAAUUGUUACACCGUAAAAAUAUAUUUUCGAUGAAAGGUUUGACUAUAGAUGCGACGCUUCUUGCAGUAAUAGUGGGGAAUAUUACUACGUACUUGCUAAUCUUCAUACAAUUUUUAAACAUGUCACAUUCUUGCGACAGAGAAGCAGCAAUUAAUGUUACACAAACUAAUUAG